GCGCACGCGCGCUCCCGCGGAACCCGGAAGUGCGAGGCCGCGGGAGCCACGUGGGCCGACGGGAGCGCGGCUCGCAUGGGGGAGUCUAUCCCGCUGGCCGCGCCGGUGCCGGUGGAGCAGGCGGUGCUGGAGACGUUCUUCUCUCAUCUGGGCAUCUUCUCCUACGACAAGGCCAAGGACAAUGUGGAGAAAGAACGAGAGGCCAACAAGAGCGCGGGGGGCAGCUGGCUGUCGCUGCUGGCGGCCUUGGCGCACCUGGCCGCGGCCGAGAAGGUCUAUCACAGCCUCACCUACCUGGGGCAGCGACUAGGGGGCCAGUCUUUCUUCAGCAGAAAGGACUCCAUCCGCACCAUCUACACUUCCCUGCACAAUGAACUAAAGAAGGUAGCAGCUGGCCGCGGGGCCCCGGGCGGGGCCGCCCCCCACGUGGAGGAGCUCCUGUCGCACCUGGCUGAGCAGCUCUGCUUCUUCGUCCAGGCCCGGAUGGAGAUUGCGGACUUCUACGAGAAGAUGUACACCCUCAGCUCCCAGAAGUUCAUCAACGCGGAGGAGCUGGUUGGCCUCCUGGACACUGUCCUCAGGAAGUACAGCUCUAGAUUUCACCACCCAAUCCUCAGUCCUUUGGAAAGCAGUUUCCAGCUGGAAGUCGAUGUCCUGAGUCACCUCCUGAAGGCCCAGGCCCAGGUGUCCGAGUGGAAGUUCCUCCCCUCCCUGGUCAACUUACACAGUGCCCACACCAAGCUGCAGACCUGGGGCCAGAUCUUCGAGAAGCAGCGGGAGACCAAGAAGCACUUGUUUGGGGGUCAGUCUCAGAAGACGGUGCAGCCCCCACACCUGUUCCUGUGGCUCCUGAGACUCAAAAGCAUGCUUCUGGCCAAGUUCAGCUUUUACUUUCACGAAGCGCUAAGCCGGCAGACAACUGCCUCGGAAAUGAAGGCGCUGACUGCAAAGGCCAACCCGGACCUGUUUGGAAAGAUCUCCAGCUUUAUCAGGAAGUAUGAUGCUGCCAACGUGUCCUUAAUUUUCGACAACCGAGGUUCUGAGAGCUUUCAAGGUCAUGGCUACCACCACCCCCACUCUUACAGAGAGGCCCCUAAGGGCGUGGACCAGUAUCCGGCUGUGGUCUCUCUGCCCAGCGACAGGCCGGUCAUGCACUGGCCCAACGUCAUCAUGAUCAUGACGGACCGCACUUCGGACCUGAACAGCUUGGAGAAGGUGGUCCACUUCUACGACGACAAAGUCCAGAGCACCUACUUUCUGACCCGCCCAGAACCUCACUUUACCAUUGUCGUCAUUUUUGAGUCAAAGAAAUCGGAGAGGGACUCCCACUUCAUCUCCUUCCUCAACGAGCUCUCACUUGCCCUUAAGAACCCUAAAGUGUUUGCAGGUCUGAAACCUGGGUCCAAAGCAUAGCGGGUGAUUGGGGUGAAGGAGUUCCAAGACUAGAAACUUCUUAAUCACGCUAAUGAUGUCAGUCACCUGUGAUUAGAGUCUGUCUGCACUCACCAGCUUUCCGAGCUAAAUUAAAGACACGCCCUCCUGAACCGGGUUGCACACUUUAUAAGCCAUUAGGUGAAUUGAAUGAAGUAUCCAAAGAGUAAUCUCGGAAGUGGUCAUGGGCUUCUGUGCGUCUCCAUGGAGUUUCAGUAUUUUCUCCUAUUUUCCUAUAGUUCAUGUAGAUUGAAUAUUUAUUGGCCCUUGAUUUUUCUUUCCAGAUGUUUUUUAUUCUGAACAUUAUGUUCUAAUGUAAUUCCAAACACCCUCUCUCUUCCUGGAAGAGUAAUUGGGAUAAGUUAUUAAAUUGCCUUUUUAGAAUUCAG